GCCUGACCUGCAUGAUGAGCGAUGUGCUUGUGGCGACAUUAGGCUCUUUGGACUGCAGCUGACGGUGGGAGUAGUUGAGGCCGUCCCAGGACGCGGUGAUCAUGUUGACCACGUUAGCAUGGACCACCGUGAAGUAGCCUCUGAGCCAAGAUGCCCCGUUCUGCAACCAAGUCCCAAGCUGACAAGCGUAAAGUUAAGACAUCUAUCCAUGAGACCACACCUCCAACACAGGACGUGAAAGAGGAAGAUGUCAUCCGUGGUCACUUAACACGAUCCCAGUGGAUAGACACAUUGAACCAGGAGGAUGCAGAUGAGACAGUGGGAGAGAUUAUGGAGGAACUCAUGAGCAAGGUCAUGGAAGGCUGUUUAAAGGUGGACAUUAAAAGACAGCUAGCACAUUACUCUGCAUCCUGGGUCUUGAGCAGCCUCACACAGACUCUCGAGCGGCAAUUUCUGUUCCUCGCUGAAGGAGAAGGAGCAGAGGAAUUACAUAAAACAGAAGACUCAGAGCCAGUGCCAGCAGCUCCAGAUCCCUGGGCUCGAGGAUCCGUGCAUGUUGUGGAAGCUCCCCCUUCACUUGAACCUGCCUUGCAACAGGAGGUUGACAUUGGCCAGAUCCCUGUACAAACAGAGCCAACAGUAAACCAGCAGUGUAAUGUUGUGGCCCAAACAAACAGCUCUCCAACACAAUCAAGAAAGGAAACAAGUCCCAGGAGGCCUGUCAGGGACAGGGACAAGCACUAUGAAGUACUUAGUCCUCGCCCCUCACCACAAGUUGAUCCAAAGAAAAAACAGCGGAUUAAUUUACCUCCAAAACCUGUUAGAAACAAAUCCUUGCCAACUCUGUCCUGUUCAGCAGAAAGAAAGGAAGUGGAGGAAGAGGGUAAAAAUAGGAGACAUUCUGUUUUGACUAGAUCAUCAUAUCAGCAUAAGGACUCCAAUGUCAUGCCUAAGCUUGAUCCCUCCUGCCUGCCCAGACAUCACAUCAUACCCUCAUAUGAGAUUUUGGAAAUCAGCUAUACGAAGCCCAACUCCAAGAAACCAGUUAGACUGCCCAAACUAGAGCAAAGAUAUAACAGGCAGCACAGUGAGUUGGCAGCAACCUCACAGAAGCCACUAUCCACCCUCAAGGAUCAGCCAUGUAAGGUUCAAGGGAAAACUGAGGAAGCUGUCUGGUUGAAGAGACCAUCUCCUAGAAAAGAAGGAACGGCGCCCUCUGGGCCUCUGAGGCUUGAUACAAUGCAGUUGGCCAAAGGUGUUUCUCUCGUGGAUCCCCAGACAGUUGACAUGAACUCUUUCAGAUUUAACUCUCCUGCUCUGUCUACCAAGCUAAAGCCGAUACGGAGUGAUGCAGCUGUGCCACUAUUAUCAUCCACACAGGUUACUGCAGGUCCACCACCUAAGGUCACCCCAGUGGGUCAGACCAAGAACUGAGACAACUGAUUGUAAACUUGAUAAUAAAUGUCAGGAGCUGUACUUAGUGGAGAAUAAGCCACUCCAUAUGUUAAUAAAAUGCAUCUCCAUGUAUUUUUAAGCUUUUCUAUAUUUGCAAUACAGUAGUGAAGCACACUGUACAUGUAUAAAAAAAAUAAUACCAAAUAAACUGUGAAUACAAUA